AAUUGAAAUUACUCGUUCGUCAAAAAUUGCCGUCUGCAAUGGUUGGAACCACCCGCCGCUCGCGUCUUUCAAAACCAGUUCAACCACUUUAUGUUCACUCUCGUGACUGAGACAACAGUGAACACUGAACAGUAUAUUCGAUAGACGGUAGUACAAGGUACGACACUCUUGUCUCAAACACUCAUCUGUAAACACUAAUCAUGUCUAGUCCACGUGUGUCCAUAAAAAAGGUACUCAUCAGCGAUGCUUGUGAUCCUGCUUGUGCUACACUUCUUGAACAAAAUGGUAUUGAAGUUCAAUCAAAAUACAAAUUGCCAACUGAUGCUCUCAUAGCAGAGUUAAAGGCUGGACUGUAUGAUGGAUUAGUUGUUCGUUCAGAUACAAAAGUAACUAAGGCAGUAAUUGAAGCUGGAGCCCAGUAUGGCCUUAAAGUUAUUGGGAGAGCUGGAACAGGUGUUGACAAUAUUGAUUUAGACUCUGCAACUAAUGCAGGAAUAUUAGUCCUUAAUACACCUGGUGGAAACUCAAACAGUGCUUGUGAACUGACAUGCUCAUUAAUAUUGUCUUUGGCUCGAAAUGUACCUCAAGGAUGUCAAUCUUUAAAAGAAGGAAGAUGGGACAGAAAGCUCUACAUGGGGACUGAAAUCAAAGAGAAGACUAUUGGUAUACUUGGUUUAGGUAGAAUUGGUCGUGAAGUGGCUUAUAGAAUGCAAGCAUUUGGUAUGAAGACGGUAGGAUACGAUCCAUUUAUCAACAAAGAAGCUGCAGCAAAAUUUGGAGUGGAAUUACUAACUUUAGAACAGAUUUGGCCUAUUGCUGAUUAUAUUACUAUACACACACCUUUGAUUGAACAAACAAGAAAUCUAAUCAAUGAUGAUGUAUUCAAUAAAUGUAAAAAAGGAGUGAAGAUUAUUAAUGUAGCAAGAGGUGGUAUUGUGGAUGAAGCUGCACUUCUAAGAGCUUUGAAUACUGAAAAGUGUGGUGGUGCCGGAUUGGAUGUUUUGACAGAAGAACCACCCAAAAGUUCUGAACUUAAAACUCUCAUUUCACAUCCAAAAGUUAUUGCCACUCCUCAUUUGGGAGCUUCCACUCUUGAGGCACAAGUAAAAGUUGCUGAAGAAGUUGCACAACAAUUUGUUGCAUUAACUAAUCCAAGCAGUAAUUAUUCCUUAAGCGGAUUGGUCAAUAAAUUAAAAAAUGGAGCAUAAUGAGAUUUUUAAUGUUAACACUGUUAUUAUUGUAACAACUAAUUUAAUUAUUAUAACUAUGAAACCAUAGUUGUUUUAUUAUACCUACAAUGUUUACAUUAAAUCUACUAUCA